AUGUUGCAGGCAUUUUCAGUACGAAUAAAAAAGGCCAUUCGGGAAGAAAUUAAUUAUUCAAAAUUUUGCAUAAUUGUUGAUGAAGCUCGUGAUGAGUCAAAGAAGGAGCAAAUGGCUAUAGUAUUGAGAUUUGUUGACAAAGAUGGUUUUAUUCGGGAGCGCUUCUUUGGGCUUGUUCAUGUCUCAGACACCAAGGCAUCGACAUUGCAAAAGGGAAUAUAUUCAGUGUUAUCUAAUCAUAAUUUAGAUAUCCAAAAUAUCCGAGGUCAAGGAUACGAUGGUGCAAGUAAUAUGCGAGGUGAGUGGAAUGGGCUACAAGCUUUGAUUUUGAAGGAUUGUCUGUAUGCUUACUAUGUUCAUUGUUUAGCACAUAGAUUGCAAUUGGCUUUAGUAGCAGCAUCGAGAGAAGUUAUUCCUAUUCAAAAGUUUUUUACUAAAUUGACUUUUAUUGUCAAUAUUCUUGGUGCUUCAUGCAAGCGUAAUGAUGAAUUUCAAAGUGCUCAAGCAGAAGAGAUUGCAUAUUUGACUUCAAUUGAUGAACUCGAGACUGGAAGAGGACUUAACCAAAUUGGAACCUUGCAGCGUGCUGGAGAUACUCGUUGGAGUUCGCACUUUAGAUCUAUUUCUAGUUUGAGACAAAGGUUUAGCCCAACUUGUCAGGUUCUUAUGAACAUAAUUAAGGAAGGGAAGAGUCCUCAAGCAGGAGAUGCAGAUUCUGCUUAUGAAUCAAUGACAUCGUAUCAAUUUGUCUUCAUCUUACAUCUCAUGGAAAAAAUUAUGGGGAAUACUAAUGAACUUUGUCUAGCUCUGCAAAGUCAAUCUCAAGACAUUUUGAAUGCCAUGAAUAUUGUUUCCUCUACUAAAGCAUUCAUUCAAAAAUUGAGAGAUGAUUGA